UUCGUGCACCACAGCACAACACAACUUGUGCUACCUGCGUAAAGGCACUGUCCGGCUUAGGAACUCUUAUUUUUAAAAGUUUAAAAAAAAAAAACAUAUGAACGAGGUGGGCAGUGGAUGGCGAACAAGGAUGCAAGAAGAGCAGGGACGGUCGGGGAGCGGAUUAGAUGCCACCGCGGGUAAUCAGAGCGUGUUUGUUGUUCAAGAAGCGGAAACAACAAGAGAGGAACUAACAAAUGACAUUGAAGCGUCGGCAAAGAAGCAGCGUGGCUCGCGCUCAGGACGCGCGUAAAACGGCUCCAACUUGGAACGAGCCAGCAAUACUGUGAACUUUUUGGAGUGUGGCAACUACCUCUGGGCUAUGCAUCGACAAGCUCGCAAAUCUCACGGCGGCACUAGUGGAUUUAACUCGGAUCCGAGUCACCAUGGCAAAAGUCAUCCAAAAGAAGAACCACUGGAUCACCAAAGUGAACGAGUGCGUAAUUGUGCGCGACGCGUACGGCCAGCUGAACGCGGAGCUGCGAGGUGGGGCUGAACAUGGACAGUUUGCCUACAUUGGACACGUCCGAGAGGAUGCCGUCCUUUACCAAGGGGGCAAACUCAACGAGGGGGAGCUGAUCCUGGAGGUUGAAGGGCUACCCGUAUCCGGAUUACCCCUCUAUGACGUUUUAACCGUCAUCACGUGCACCAAAGGGCCAAUCAUUUUCAAGACUGUGCGUCAAGGUAACAAGCUGAACAAAGACCUGAAGCACUACCUGAGUCUGCGUUUCCAAAAGUCUUCCCCUGACCAUGAGCUGCAGAAGACCAUCCGGGCCAAUCUGUAUCGCCACGCCGUGCCUUGUACCACGCGCGCCCCCCGAGACGGAGAGGUACCAGGGGUGGAUUACAACUUCCUGUCAGUGGAUGACUUCCUAGAACUCGAAGAGAGCGGCACACUGCUCGAAAUCGGAACCUACGAGGGUAACUAUUAUGGGACCCCCAAGCCGCCGAGGCAGCCCGUCAUUGGGACAGUGAUUCUCCGAGAUGCAGGCUCCCGGCAGUCCACCCCCAAGCGCACCAAGUCCUACAAUGACAUGCAAAGCGUCCGAGUAGUGCCUGCUGACGACGACGAUGACAACCAGGCCUCGGAAAUGAACAACGCUUUCACAGGAUCCUUAGUGCGUAGUCUCUUCCCUUCUCCUUUGUUGUGCGCAGGUAACCCUAGCGACCAGGAUGAGAGCCGCGGCGGCGGCGGCGGCGGCGGUGGCGGCAUCCUCCGGCCGUACCCCGCACGUGACAACGCUCCUUCCUGCGGUCUGAACAAUGCGGCCAUCUCCACAGCGGACAGCGGGCAGCAGACCCUGGCCGAACCGCAGGUCUCCCCGGAAGACGCGGUGGGGCCGCUGCCCGAAAACUGGGAGAUGGCGUAUACUGAGAACGGGGAACUUUACUUCAUAGACCACAACACAAAGACCACAUCGUGGUUGGAUCCUCGAUGUCGAGACAAAGCCUCCAGGCCUCUGGAAGAAUGCGACGAUGAUGAAGAGGGGAUACAUACAGAGGACCUGGAGAGUGAUCUAGAGCUGCCGCCGGGAUGGGAGAGGAUAGAUGACCCAGUGUACGGAAUUUACUACGUCGAUCAUAUAAACAGGAAGACCCAGUACGAGAACCCAGUGGUGGAGGCGCGGCAUCGCAAAAUCCUGCAGGAGCAGCCGCAGCCUCCAGAAGGUGAGCGGUACAUUCGAGAGUGGAUAGAGGAGCACUCUUCAGCUGCAGCGCCGCUUGUAAACUACGUUCCAAACCACCUGGAGACCUACAGGGACCCUCAAGUCCCACCAACUCUACCUCCGGUCCCUACAGGAGCCAAACGGGGGAAGCCGUUCUUCACCAGGAAUCCCGCAGAGCUGAAAGGAACAUUCAUCAACACAAAGCUGAAGAAGAGCCGACGCGGAUUCGGCUUCACUGUGGUCGGAGGCGAUGAGCCGGACGAGUUCCUCCAAAUCAAAAGUCUGGUGCUGGACGGACCUGCAGCGGUGGAUGGAAAGAUGGAAACAGGUGACGUGAUCGUCAGCGUGAAUGACACCAUCGUGCUGGGUUACACCCACGCUCAGGUGGUGAAGAUCUUCCAAUCCAUCCCCAUCGGCUCCAUGGUGGACUUGGCCUUAUGCCGCGGCUACCCGCUGCCCUUCGACCCCGACGACCCCAACACCAGUCUGGUCACCUCGGUGGCUAUCUCGGACAAGGAGCCUAUUAUCGUCAACGGUCAGGAACCCUUUGACUCGCCUUCCAACCCGAGCGGACCGCUCAACGGCCAGAGAGAGCCGCGGGCGCACAGCCCGUCCGCCGAGGCUUUGUCCAACAGCCUGCACGGCUACAGCAGCGACGUGGUCACGCUGGCCUCGUCUAUCGCCACCCAGCCCGAGCUCAUCACCAUCCACAUGGAAAAGGGGGACAAAGGAUUCGGCUUCACCAUCGCAGACAGCCUGACUGGAGGCGGGCAGCGGGUCAAGCAGAUCGUGGACUACCCCCGCUGUCGGGGUCUCAAGGAGGGGGACAUUUUGAUGGAGGUCAACAAAAGAAACGUGCAGAACAUGAGCCACAACCAGGUGGUGGACCUGCUGAGCAAAUGCCCGCGAGGGAGUGAAGUCACAAUGCUGGUCCAAAGAGGAGUGGUGCCUGCCAAGAGGAGUCCAAAACUGGUGCACCAGCUCGAGAGGAAAGAUAGCCAGAGCAGCUCCCAGCACAGCGUGUGCAGCCACCGCAGCACGCACACGGACUCUCCCGGCCACGCCAUGCCCGGUGAGGUUGCCGUGCCGACCCCCGCCGCCCCCACCCAGCCGCUGCCGGGCUUGCCCCCUCUGGACCCGGCGGAUGGCACCCUCACCCUCCAGAAGAAACCGGACCCCUUUAAGAUCUGGGCUCAGUCGAGGAGCAUGUACGAGAGCAGACUGCCAGACUGCCAGGAGCAGGACAUUUUCCUUUGGCGAAAGGAUACGGGCUUCGGUUUCCGCAUUCUUGGGGGAAAUGAGCCUGGGGAGCCUAUCUACAUCGGUCACAUCGUGAAGUACGGCGCAGCGGACGAGGACGGACGUCUGCGGUCGGGCGACGAGCUCAUCUGCGUGGACGGCACGGCGGUGGUGGGCAAGUCUCAUCAGUUGGUGGUGCAGCUGAUGCAGCAGGCGGCUAAGCAGGGUCACGUCAACCUCACGGUCAGACGGAAGACGCCCGGAUUCCCAGUUUCCAAAGGGGAAGGCGACAUCCCGCCAUCGCCGGCCUCCUCCCACCACAGCAGCACUCAAGCGCCCAGCCUGACGGAAGGCAAGCGGACCCCGCAAGGAAGCCAGAACUCUCUCAACACGGUCAGCUCGGGCAGCGGCUCCACCAGCGGCAUCGGCAGCGGCGGGGGAGGCGGCAGCGGGAGCGCCGUGGUUCCCGCUUCUCUGCAGCCGUACGACGUGGAGAUCCAACGCGGAGAAAACGAGGGCUUCGGCUUCGUCAUCGUGUCCUCCGUUUCUAGGCCCGACGCGGGCACCGCCUUUGCUGGAAAUGCUUGCGUGGCCAUGCCUCACAAAAUAGGCCGCAUCAUCGAAGGCAGCCCGGCCGACCGCUGCGGUAAGCUGAAAGUGGGCGAUCGGAUAUUGGCCGUCAAUAGCUGCUCCAUCACCAACAAGUCCCACUCGGACAUCGUCAACCUGAUCAAGGAAGCUGGAAACACCGUCUCGCUCAGGAUCAUCCCCGGUGAUGAGUCUUCCAAUGCUUCUCUGCUAACCAAUGCUGAGAAGAUCGCUACUAUCACCACCACACACACUCCUCAACAGUCCAAAGAGUCUCGGAAUAAUUCCAAGUCGAAAGGAGUUCCUCCUCCUCCACCGACACAAACAUCACAGGACGAGUUCUACUCGGUGGACCUUGAACGCGACAGCAAAGGUUUUGGUUUUAGCCUGAGGGGAGGGCGAGAGUACAACAUGGACCUUUAUGUGUUGAGACUAGCCGAAGACGGAGCUGCUGUCAGGAAUGGCAAGAUGCGGGUGGGAGACGAAAUCUUGGAGAUUAACGGCGAGAGCACAAAAAACAUGAAGCAUUCACGUGCCAUCGAACUGAUCAAGAACGGAGGGCGCUGGGCACGGCUCGUUCUGAAACGCGGGGACGGAUCUGUACCCGAAUACGACGGCAGCAAUGACGGGUACCCUCCCACACCCGGGGCACAAAACACUUCGGAAGUGAGAACGCCGCCGGCCAACGGCCGAUAUCACACCUCAUUGGAUUCCAGUUAUCCACCAGACCUUCACACACCAUCACGCCGGGAGGAGGCUGGGCGUGGGCGAGACAGGAACUGGGACAGGGCCGGGUGGGAUCAGAUGGACUACCAAGCCCGACAGUUUACCCCUCACCUUCACCACACCUGGAAUAACAAUCACAGCGCCAGCCCCAAACAGCCGUCUCCAGAUAACAGCAACGGUAGCAGUGGCAACAAGAAGAUGCGAGGGCGCAAAGUCAAAAAGUCCGAGUCUGAAAGCGGCAUCUCCAAGCUCCUGAAGACGCUGAGGAAAGACAACUCGGGGAAGAAGGCUGCGGCCGCCGCCGCGCAGAAACUCAGGGGCCGAGGGCUCUCGAACAGCAGCUCCACUUUGGACGGGAGGUUUCACGCGCAGCGCCGCGGCUCCCUCGACCGCUCGCCCACGCCGAGGCGCAGCUUCUCCCCCGACCGCAGGCGGGCCAAGUCGAUGGAUCGCAGGGCCGAGCGAGCGCGGCGGGAUCGUACGCCCGAGCGGGAGCGCGACGACGGCGGGUUCCUCACCCCCGAGCGCAAAUUCUUGGAGCGAAGGCUCCUCAAGGACUCGCCGGCGGAGGCCGCCUCCCCCGCACGCUCCAAGAACGGCGCCGACUCCUCGUCCCUUCCCGGGGUCGGCGCUUACCAUCGAGCCGCCAAGAACGGCAACCUGACACGAGACGCUUCCUCCGAGCAACAUCGGGCGAACGGGACGCCGGAGAGACCUUUUCGAACGGAGCGGGACUCUUCCCCCGACAGCAACUACGGGCGAGAUGAGCAGAACUAUGCGGCGAUGGCGGCACCCAGACUCAAAGACUACUACAGCAUGAUGAAGAACAAUGCUGCCCACAACAAUGCUGCGUACAACAAGACAGGCCACAACAAGAACACUCUUUGCCAAAACCCAAAGCAGCUCCCUGAGCCCAAGAGAAAGCUGUACCAAGAAUGCCCCAAAGACCUCAGCAUCUAGAGCGCAGCCGACCCCUCACACUGGAACCGGACUCACAAAGACCCCCCCCCCCCCCCUCUCCCCGAUGGUCGACUUGACUCGUUGUGACCCUCAUCCAGAGAUUCCUAAAAACAGCAGGAGUACAAUCCCAUCAGCUUACACUGGUUGUUUUGUCAUCGUUGCGUUGCUCAUGAACACCUCGUCGUAUCCGUAUAUAAUCCAAGUAUUGUCUGUGCCUGCGUAUGAAAUUGGUGGUUUUGCUUUUUGUCUGCAUUGCUGAAUCGAAAUGUUUUGCCCCUCCCACCCACCCACGCACACGCAUACGCUACAUGACAUGCUUCCAGUUGUGCUUUUUUUCCAACUUUUUUAUUUUAACGAACAAAUAAUAGCACAAAUCACCAAUGGCUUACAAGAACUGUGAAAAAAAAAUGAUAAUGUUCAAAAGUGAUGAAAUGGAGGAUUUAAAGUAGAGUGCUGAUUUCAUAAAUAAUUUAUUUCUUUGGUGCGUCUGAUGGCUGUUUUUAUUUAAUUUGGCACAUUUCUUGAGUGAGCGUGGUGAAAUGGUAAAAAUGUAUUUUGGAAACGCAUGCUUGACACAAUUUCUGUUCCCCAAACUAAGAAAUCGGACAGUUUUCCAAUUAGCGUGUUGCUAUUGGCCAAUUAAAUUCAUUCAAAUCAAAUAAGAUAGAAACAAUAUGUUAGUUACUAAUGCUAAUAAUGCUAACUUGGCCAGCAUGUGCUAUAAAAAUGUCCCCUACUUCACAGCAGCCAUAGCAUGUUCUUGAAAUAAAAUAACGCGAUCUAAUCACAAAGCCCAUUUCAGAUGAGAAUACCGUAUUUUCCGGACUAUAAGGCGCACCGGACUAUAAGGCGCACCAUUAAUGCAUCAUGUCAGAUUUAUAAUCCAAAUCAAAUCAUUCUCCAUUUGAUCUUUUUUAUUUCAACUUCAGAUGCAACAAAUGACUUUAUAAUCACAAAAUAAUGAUCCAUACUCUUUUUGAUUCAUAGUCUUCAGCGGGCCACUCAUGAUUGAUUUCAUGACACAAUGUUUCGAGCCGGUUUAAAUUUAGGAAUUUGGUCCAUAUAUAAGGCGCACCGGACUAUAAGGCGCACUAACACCUUUUGAGAAGAUUUUAGGUUUUUAGGUGCGCCUUAUAGUCCGGAAAAUACGGUGCAUGAAUUGCUUUUUGUGAUUCCGAGCACAGGAGACGACCAAACUGCCAUGCUGAGCCACAAUUGUCACCGCACUGGAGUCUGACUGCUGCUUUUCCAACGUGUUCACUGUUUUGUUUUGUUUGUCAACAAAUGCAUCGGCUACUGAAGGCACACUCUUAAUCACGACACAAGACCGAAGCUCUCGAGAAGGUCGAGCUCUUGGUUUGAGUUGACUCUUCCUUUCCCGGCUAAAGCAUGGUUCUAUUCUUCAGUACAUGACCACUGUCGUCCACACAGAAAGAAGAAAAAAAAAAGAUCUAUUUUUUUUUAUGUUCACCUUUUUGGGCCAUCUCCUGUAAAGAUUUCUCCUAUGUGAUGAUGAGGAACCUGUGGAGGAAUAAAAAUGUUGCCUUUUACAUGUACAAAAGAGAAAUUUAUGAAGAACGUGAUCAUGUGUUUUUAAUCUCUGAAUGGACCUGACGAUUUAUGGGAACUAUGUUGAUUUACUCUGGAUCAGGUAUGUAAAGAGCUUUUCGAAUGAGCGCUCAAGCUAUUUGUUUGUUUGAAUCUCUCGAUGGUUAGCCUGCCUUUGUAUUAUACAGCACUUGUAUGCAGUCUGUGUUUCUUCAAACAUGAUUAUUUCUUCUAAUGUGCUCCAGACUGUGGAUGUGUUGAUAAGAGCAGUAAAUGUAUAUGGGCCGUUUUUUUUUUUUUUUUAUAAAACUAUGCAUAUAUAAAUAUGACAUUGUUCAUAGCUUUAUUUGAUCCGUGUAGCUAUACAUAACAUUAGUCCUAAGUACAAGUAGAUGUUGACUUAUCCAGCUUCUUUCCUUGAGAUGGAUUACACUGUAUAUGUAGCUAUCAAAAGAAGUCUGUGAAUGCUAUUUUUAUUAUCAAAAUAAAGUUUUCCAUACAAAUUCAUA